CACACACAAAAAAGGAACACUUUUCCUCUUUUCCUUCAAUGAUCGCCUUGACAGCACGCUCAUCGAUCACCACACGAAGCAUUCUUUGCCGUGCACUGGUCAAUAACACCCAAGCCAACGUCACCCGAUCAUAUGCCACAAAAAAGAAGAAGCAGACUACACGUUUGAACCCCGAUGCUCUCGACAUCCAGGGCGCCGUGCGUGUACUAAAGGCAUUAGAGGUCGGCAAUCCCGAACAUCAGUUUGAGGCCCAUGUUCAGUGCAAAGUCGAAAAAUCAACACCUCUUAUCCGCGGCUCGAUUGUAUUGCCAAAGAGCAUCAAGCAAGAAGCCACAAUCCUCGUAUUCGCAAGCGGCAAGAAGGCCGAUGAGGCCCGUGCUGCAGGUGCACACUUUGUAGGCGGAGAAGAGCUUAUUGAAAAGGUCAAGAAUAACGAGAUCAAAUUCGACAAGUGCAUCUCUACACCUGCCAUGUUUCCUGCUGUCACAAAGAUCGCAAAGGUGCUCGGACCAAAGGGACUAAUGCCCACCGUCAAAAAGGGCACUGUGACUGACGAUGUAACAAAUGUUGUCCGGACCUCAAAGAGCUCGUUUGACUUUAAGGCUGACAAGUUGGGUGUUUUGCACACAGGAAUUGGAAAGAUUAGCUUUGAGGGUGAAGAUGUUGAAGCCAAUCUUAGAGCUAUCCUAGAGGAAUUGAAGGUGUUUGGAAAAGCAAACAAUUUGAAAGCUAUGAUUCAGCACGUCGUUCUCUCUUCAACUCGUGGACCCGGUAUAGUGAUUGCUGGUGGCCACACUCUCUAGACAAAUUUUCCUUUUCUUGCUUACCUGUAGACAAAUCCAAGUCCUGAAAAAUCAAUAAUAAAUAUACUCCAUCUUUCAUCACAUUG